GGCUUGGGGCCUCCCCGCCCCCUCCAGGUCUGUAGUGGCUGAGUCACAGAGAAUAGAUAGUUUAUCAGCACAUGUCCUCCAGAUCAUGUUCUCGGCUUACAAAUAUAGCCGGUUAGCGCACUGGCUGGGAGGUUCGGGGCCCUGUGAGCGCUUCCGGCUGCGGAUGUAAACAGCCUCACAGCGUAGACCACUGCCGGCUGGGCAGGUGAGACAUUUCAUGCCGUCACGAUGGGACAUAAAGUGGUCGUGUUUGACGUUUCCACCAUCAGAGCCUUGUGGGAAACACGAGUCAAGAAGCACAGAGCGAGGCAGAAGGAGGAGGCUGAGAGGCUUGAGAGGAGCGCGUUGGAGAAGAUCAAGGAGGAGUGGAACUUCGUGGCGGAGUGCAGGCGGAUCGGCAUCCCGCAGGCCGAGUACUGCAAGAACGGCUUUGUGGACACAAGCGUGCGGCUGCUGGAGAGCAUCGAGAGGCGCGCCCUCGGGAAGCAGCAGUGUCCGCUGGCCGAGGACAGAGGCGAGCCGGGCGAGCCGGGCGAGCCGGGCAACGCCUUUGUGUUUGAACUGUCGGGGGAGCACUGGAAGGAGCUCCCAGAUUCGUUGAAAGAGCAGACACACUUGAAAGAAUGGCACAUAAGCAACACCUUGAUUCAGAUCAUUCCUGCCUACAUUGAGCUGUUUCAAGCCAUGAGGGUUCUGGAUCUACCCAAAAACCAAAUCUCGCAUCUCCCAGCUGAAAUCGGUCGUUUGAAGAACCUGAAAGAACUCAAUGUGAGCUUCAACCACCUGCAGAGCAUUCCUCCAGAACUAGGGGACUGUGAGCACCUGGAGAAGCUGGAUUGUUCUGGAAAUCUGGACUUAACCGAGCUGCCCUUUGAAUUAAGCAACCUGAAGCGAGUUACCUUUGUAGAUAUCUCAGCAAACAAGUUUUCCAGCGUUCCGAUCUGUGUCCUGCGGAUGUCUAAUCUGCAGUGGUUUGAUAUCAGCAACAAUAACCUGAACGACCUGCCACAGGAUAUAGACAGGCUCGAAGAACUGCAGAGCUUCCUGUUGUAUAAAAACAAGCUGACCUAUCUCCCGUACGCCCUGCUGAACCUGAAGAAGCUCGUCCUCUUGGUCGUCAGCGGGGACCAUCUGGUGGAGAUCCCGACUGCCCUUUGUGACUCAUCCACGCUGAAGUUUGUAAGUCUGAUGGACAAUCCUAUUGAUAAGACCCAAGAUCAAGAUGGUGAUGAGAGGAUGGAGACUGAACGGGAUCGCCAGCAUUUUGAUAAAGAAUUUAUGAAGGCCUAUAUUGAAGAUCUUAAAGAAAGAGAGUCUGUUCCCAGCUACACCACCAAGAUCUCCUUUAGUCUUCAGCUUUGAUCUCAUCUGGCAGAUUACUGCGGAAUCUCAGCACCCAGUGGGGCGUUAAAUCUUCGCGUGUGGGUCACGUUAUGCGGGAGUACCGACUUUGUGUUUAAAGAUACAUUCUAGAAACCACUGUCACAGUUGUCAAGAAUAUGAGCUUCCAAGUUCAAAUGCACAAGAA